AAGUAAGCUAUUUUGUUGUUUCGUCUGCGUGUUAUCGCGCGAAUGCUGUAGUGCAAUGCUGACGCAAAUGUGUACCAGCUUCGGAGGCGCGCUGAAAUAACGAGAUCAAUAAGCACCGAAUUUAAAGAAUGGAAAGAAAAUCUGAAAUAUUUCGAAACAACCAACACCUUAUUGAACAUAAGAAGGAUAUGUUCGAUAAUUCUGUUCCAAAAUUUUCAAAGAAAAGCAACCAGGGUAUGGAAAUGAGACUACGUUCCAAGAAAAACAGCACUCCCAGUAGUGCACCAAAAAAGAGAAAAGCUGAAAACUUUCAUCUUAGUUUACGAAGUAAAUCAGAACCGGAAAAUACUACUAGUUCGAAGAUACCACCAGUAAAGCGUCGCAAAAAAGUGACUUCGGUUAAAAAGAAAACCCCCAUAAAGCAAAUUGAGAAUAAUGAAAAGCAUCAUUCUGCUCAACCCUUGAACAUUACGCUGUGCAAAGUUUCCAAUACCAAUGACUGCUACACUGUGAAAAGGCAAGAUAAAAGCUACGCUUCUGCCCCUGAAAAUACUUCAGAACCAACAGAUUUCAACUCAGCUGUUCUUUUUACAAAAACUGAAUCGGAAUCAGAUUCCCUUCAUAUUACUGCUGGACCUUCUUUAAACAUUUCAAGCCCACAGAAUAAAAACACCAUUAAUUUGGACAAGCAGGUCAUACCAAUACCAUCACAACCCCCAGUUGCUGAAGAAACUCAGGCACUGCUUAAUGUUAAUUCUAAUUCUGAGGUAAACAAAAAAUGUAUCAUUGAAGAGAAAACAGAUUUUUCAGCCACAUGUAGUGAUGCCAGUCAAUCCACAAGUCCACGGAAUAAAAACACCAAUAAUUUGGACAAGCAGGUCAUACCAAUACCAUUAACAGUCCCUGUUUGUAAACCACAACUUACUGAAGAAACUAAGGCACCACAUGAUGUUAACUCUAAACCUGAGGUAAACACAGAAUGUAUCAUUGAAGAAAAAACAGAUUUUUCAGCAAUGUGUGGUAAUGCCAGUCAAUCCACAAGUCCACAGAAUAAAAGCACCAUCAAUUUGGAGAGGCAGGUCAUACCAAUACCAUCAACAACUGCUGUUUGUAAACCACAACUUACUGAAGAAACUCAGGCACUAAAUGAUGUUAAUUCUAAUUCUGAGGUAAACAAAGAAUGUAUUAUUGAAGAAAAAACAGAUUUUUCAGCCACGUGUAGUGAUGCCAGUCAAUCCACAAGUCCACAGAAUAAAAACACCAUCAAUUUGGACAAGCAGGUCAUACCAAUACCAUCAACAGUCCCCGUUUGUAAACCACAGCUUACUGAAGAAACUGAGGCACUAAGUGAUGUUAAUUGUGAUUCUGAGGUAAACAAAGAAUGUAUUAUUGAAGAAAAAACAGAUUUUUCAGCCAUGUGUAGUGAUGCCAGUCAAUCCACAAGUCCACAGAAUAAAAACACCAUCAAUUUGGAGAGGCAGGUCAUACCAAUACCAUCAACAACUGCUGUUUGUAAACCACAGCUUACUGAAGAAACCCAGGCACCAAGUGAUGUUAAUUCUAAUCCUGGGGUAAACACAGAAUGUAUCAUUGAAGAAAAAACAGAUUUUUCAGCCAUGUGUGGUAAUGCCAGUCAAUCCACAAGUCCACAGAAUAAGACCACCAUCAAUUUUGAGAAGCAGGUUACACCAUCACAGCUUGCUGAAGAAACUAAAGCACUUCAUAGUUGCAAUCCUGAGGUGAACAAAGAAGGUAUUAAUAAAGAUAAAAUAGAUUUUUCAGCCAAGUGUAGUAAUGCCAGUCAAUCCACAUCUAAGCGCUACUCAAUUUGUUAUGAACAAAAAAAGAAAAAAGGCUGCAACGACUUGCUUUUGGAUCCGUUCUCACAUAAGCAGGCCAAAACCUUCACCAUUGAAAAGAAAACUCCUACAAGUAAAAAUGCAGGGACUGUUGAUCAAGUUUUAUUUAUGAAUCAGUUAGAUCUAAUCAAAACAUCUUCCACAAAACGUACGCGCGACCUUCCAAAAUACAAAACAAAAGUAAAAACUCCUCUAAGAGAAAAACUUGGUUUUCCUCCGAAAAAUUUGUUUUACUACGGGACAGGAAAACUCCCAUGUCCUGAUCUUGGGGAAGGGUGGUAUUUUGAACAAAUAGUUCGCCAGCAUGGAAAAUCAGCUGGACAGUAUGAUGUAUAUUAUUACAGCCCACAAAACGUAAGAAUCCGUUCUAAAGCAAGAUUGGCGAUGCUCGCGCCAAGCUCUGUAUCCAUUGAAGAUUUUGAUUUUAAUGCUGGGAAAAUUGUAAAACAGAAAGAACACUUGUGUAAGAAGGAAGCGCUAAUCACAGAGAAAUUAUUCCGAAGUUCUAAGAAAGUCAAUAUAAGCAACAUGAUUUCUCCUAAAGAUUCAAAGCAAGAUGAAAGUUCAACAUUGAGCAACGCACGAAAACCAGGAAGAAAGCGAAAAUUAUUUGGGAUUGAUAAAGUUCUAAAAAAACGCCGUGUCAUUUCCACUGUCCCAAGUAUCACUGACCACUCUGAACCUGUUAAACAAGCAGACCAACAUCCAAUGUCAGCAUUUGAGAUUUUCAAAGCAGAUGCCAUGAAAAGUUGUUCAGAAAUCAUUAAUUCAGUUGAAUUUCCUGAACUGCUUCGACUUUUAGCUUGGAAAAACUUGGGUGACAAAAAGCGACAAAUGUACAACAAAUCGGAAAAAGAGAGAUUUACCAUCAGCCCCUCCCAAACCAAAACUACACCAAAAUUUAUCCCAAGUCCUUCACAAGUGCCUAGAACCUUCCCACCCUUGGUUCCAUCAUCAAAGCUGCAGAAAAACACUCCAAACAGAGGGUUGUUCAGAACUAUUCGAUGUAAAACAUGUGAACCAUGUCUUAGACCCAACUGUGGGGAAUGUUAUAAUUGCAGGGACAUGCGUCAGUUUGGGGGCAGUGGUAAAAAGAAACAGAGCUGCAUACAACGUAAAUGUUUACGACCCAGCAAAAAUAUGUCGAAAAGAUAUUCCUUCACACAACAUGCGACACCUUUAGCAAUGCCAGCGCAGGAAGUUAACAGACAUCCUAUUUUUCCUGUGGAUACAACAUUGCAGCAAAUUAUUUUGCCCACGCAACCUAGCUUUUCCCAAUGUACUACGUCUACAAGUCCAUUUAAAAGACCUGGAGAAAUGAUCAGUAAUAAUUUAAACAACCCAUUUCUUCAGAAUUUUGUUACACACAACAAUAACAUGUCUAUGCCACCACAAACUUCAAAUCUCAACCCAUCUUCAUGUAAUAUUACUGGUGGUUUAAUGAAUAGUUGGAAUUCUGCCAACACAACAGCAAACUUUCCCUGUUCAUCCCAUCAACCACCUAAGACACAAAUUUUAAACAAUUUUUCGACCGUGAACAAACGUAAGCGGACACAGCUAAACCCAAGAAGAUUUUUAGAUAUAAACCAGAGUCAAGACCAACAACCUGUGCAAGCUCAUUUGAAAUCUGGUCCACCAGUUUUGACAUAAAACAACUACAAACUUUGUACAGUGACUAUUGGUGUUGGUGUUGACCAAGCUAAGCAAUCUUGCCAACCCAAGCAGAGUAUAUUGAGUAGUUGUAAACCACAGAAUAUUAUUGCCCUAGAAUAGAUUAAGCAUUCUAGAAAGUUCAUUUUAAUCUUUAGGUUGCAAUCAGUGAAUAGCUCGUUUAUUUAAAUACUUAUACUAUAAUGCAGUUUUAUUCCACACAAACUUGAUUUUAUGAAAAUUUCAUCUAUUUAUAUAUUUCUUUAUUGCUUUCGUUCUGUGUACUUCUUUAUUUAAUACAAAAUAAACAAAGAUACUGUGGUGUUCAUUA